CAGGGAUGUGUCCUGGGAAUGUGUGGGAUCCAAGGGAUGUGUUGGGAAUGUGUGGGAUCCAAGGGAUGUGUCCUGGGAAUGUUUGGGAUCCAAGGGAUGUGUCCUGGGAAUGUGUGGGAUCCAAGGGAUGUGCUGGGAAUGUGUGGGAUCCAAGGGAUAUCCUGGGAAUGUGUGGGAUCCAAGGGAUGUGCUGGGAAUGUGUGGGAUCCAAGGGAUGUGUUGGGAAUGUGUGGGAUCCAAGGGAUGUGUUGGGAAUGUGUGGGAUCCAAGGGAUAUUCUGGGAAUGUGUGGGAUCCAAGGGAUGUGUUGGGAAUGUGUGGGAUCCAAGGGAUGUGCUGGGAAUGUGUGGGAUCCAAGGGAUGUGUUGGGAAUGUGUGGGAUCCAAGGGAUGUGUUGGGAAUGUGUGGGAUCCAAGGGAUAUCCUGGGAAUGUGUGGGAUCCAAGGGAUGUGCUGGGAAUGUGUGGGAUCCAAGGGAUGUGUCCUGGGAAUGUGUGGGAUCCAAGGGAUGUGUUGGGAAUGUGUGGGAUCCAAGGGAUGUGUCCUGGGAAUGUGUGGGAUCCAAGGGAUGUGUUGGGAAUGUGUGGGAUCCAAGGGAUGUGUCCUGGGAAUGUUUGGGAUCCAAGGGAUGUGUUGGGAAUGUGUGGGAUCCAAGGGAUGUGCUGGGAAUGUGUGGGAUCCAAGGGAUGUGUUGGGAAUGUGUGGGAUCCAAGGGAUGUGUUGGGAAUGUGUGGGAUCCAAGGGAUGUGUUGGGAAUGUGUGGGAUCACAGGGAUGUGUCCUGGGAAUGUGUGGGAUCCAAGGGAUGUGUUGGGAAUGUGUGGGAUCACAGGGAUGUGUUGGGAAUGUGUGGGAUCCAAGGGAUGUGUCCUGGGAAUGUGUGGGAUCCAAGGGAUGUGUUGGGAAUGUGUGGGAUCCAAGGGAUGUCCUGGGAAUGUGUGGGAUCCAAGGGAUGUGUUGGGAAUGUGUGGGAUCCAAGGGAUAUCCUGGGAAUGUGUGGGAUCCAAGGGAUGUGUUGGGAAUGUGUGGGAUCCAAGGGAUGUGUUGGGAAUGUGUGGGAUCCAAGGGAUGUGCUGGAUAUCCUGGGAUUGGGAUGGAAGGGAGUGGUGGGCUCUGGAAUACUGGGAUGGAAGGGGCUCUGGAAUGCUGGGAUAGAGGGAAUGGAAGGGGCUCUGGAAUGCUGGGAUGGAAGGGAUGGAAGGGGCUCUGGAAUUCCGAGAUGGAAAGGAUGGAAGGGGCUCUGGAAUGCUGGGAUGGAAAGGAUGGAAGGGGCUCUGGAAUGCUGGGAUGGAGGGAAUGGAAGGGGCUCUGGAAUGCUGGGAUAGAGGGAAUGGAAGGGGCUCUGGAAUGCUGGGAUGGAAGGGAUGGAAGGGGCUCUGGAAUUCCAAGAUGGAAAGGAUGGAAGGGGCUCUGGAAUGCUGGGAUGGAAGGGAUGGAAGGGGCUCUGGAAUGCUGGGAUGGAGGGAAUG